AAUAACAAAAAGGCACAUGAAAAAACACAGGCCUAAAAGAAAAUAAAAAGGCUGCAAGAAAUCUGUAGACGGAGACCAAAGCAGCAAUGGCACUCGCAUCUCAUCUCACUUAUCUAACACCUAUUCCUCUAAAAUCUUCUAGCGCUUUCUCUCCUCUCUGCAAUCUCUCCACUUUAUCUUUGCCACUCAAAACCGGCUCAAGCACGAUCCUUGGCGUCAAUGUCUCAACAAGACGCGGACCCGUCUCGGUUCGAGUCAUGGCUUCUUCCUUUGGGUCCAGGCUCGAAGAGACUGUCAAGAAGACCGUGGCUGAGAACCCAGUCGUUGUUUACUCCAAAACUUGGUGCUCGUAUUCCUCUGAGGUGAAAACUUUGUUCAAGAAGCUCGGUGCGGAGCCAUUGGUUAUUGAAUUAGACGAAAUGGGUCCCCAAGGACCCCAGUUACAGAAGGUACUAGAAAGGCUUACUGGCCAGCACACCGUUCCAAAUGUGUUUAUUGGUGGCCAACAUAUCGGAGGUUGUACAGAUACCUUGAAGCUUUAUCGGAAAGGAGAACUUGAACCGUUGUUGUCGGAAGCUAAGUCUAAGAGCUCACAGGGCUAGAAUCCUUGUCAUAUGUUGCUGUUGUUGAGAAAGCUGUUUCCCUUGCGAAUUUUGAGCUUCUUAAGAAGAUAGGCAACAUGUCUGCUUCUUCAGAAUCUGAACUGCAUUUUUACUUCAUUGACGUGGUUUUACGUUCAACUCCUCUAUAUUGAUCUCUUCUGUUGAAUUAUAUAUUGAACUCUUAACGUUGGUUGCUAUAAUAUUUAAAAACACGUAAAAAUGUACUCUCUAUUGUACUAAACUAAUGAUUUGUAUUCCAUUUUCUGGUCUUAACACUUCAUUCCUUUUUUUACCUGUUAAUGUUUAACUCACUCAUUCCUUUGAGUUUCUUGUUGCAUGUGAAGUUGUGGAACUUUUGUUGGGCAAGUGUAGAAGGGAGAUAAUGAAAAGCUACUUUCAAGUUCCAUGAUUGUCUUUGCCGUUGGAAAUAUCACUUGGGAAUGGCCUUGCCCUGAGAAAAGAAAGAGCUCAGAAAUGGCAUCUCAGAAGAUAGAUUCAAUCAGUUACUUGAAAAAUAUUAUUGAUGUCAAGAAUUGGGGACUGAAUCAAGUUCUAAUACUUUUACAAUUUUAGACCUAAUGUACUGUACAUAAUUAAUGAAAUUAACUCUUUUAUCUUUUAA